AUGACACUCCCGGUGGUGAACGUGAUGCCCUGGGAAGAGCUGAAGGAGAUGAUGUUAGCAGAAUAUUGUCCUAGAGGCGAGAUUCAGAAGAUGGAACAAGAGUUGUGGAACCUCACGAUUCAAAACUCCAAUAUCGACGCAUACAUAUCCAAGUUUAGUGAGCUAUCUCUUAUGUGUCCCAGAAUGAUCACCUCAGAGGGGAAAAAUAUUGAGAGGUUUAUCUGGGGAUUGAUUGCACCUAUCCAAGGGAAUGCCAUUGCAGCCAACCCUAAGACUUUUGACAACGCCAAGAGAGUUGUCAAGAAACUGUAUGAUCGUGGCAAUAAGAAGGGUGCCAAAACAGUGGAAGCGGAGGUUAAGAAGGAAGAAGAGAGCAAGAAGGGGAAAAACAACAAGCGAAAGGGAAAGCAAAACUCAGAAUCGUCUAUGAAGCAACAAACGGUGUCCUUCCAUGCUGCAACACAAGCUACCACCACACCACAUGCUCCAGCCUUAUCCAUGCCAAAUGCUCCCAAGCAGUGCUCGGGAAAUCUCCCCAAGUGUGGCAAAUGCAACUUCCACCAUCACGGGGAGUGUAGAGAGAUGAGUUGCACAUGGUGUAACCGGAAGGGCCAUACGUCAAAGUAUUGUAGGACUUAG